AUGAAAAAGAGUACGAAGCGUGUAGAUCGCGCGGAGGAGGAUCUUCCCACCACACGCAGACGACUGCGCGACCGUGAGGAGAUGGAGGAAGAAGAGGUGAAGGCAGAGAGAAUCGCAAGAGAGGAAAAAGAGCGACAACUUCAGCGGAGAGUUGCUGCAGAGAAUAACGAGGACGAAGAGUGGGAGGACGCAUCAGACGAGGAGGAGGAGUAUGAGGAUGAUGAUGAUGACUGCAUGGAUGAAAUCAUUGAAGAAGAGAUCAUCGACGAUGGCGCUGAUGAUGAUGAGGAUGAUGAGGAUUACGCCGAAUUCCAGCGUGAGACAGAUGAACUAUCGAAGGGAAUGCGACGAGUGACGUUUGAUGAUGCUGCAAUGCCACAGGAUGAAGAUAAUGAAGGUGAUGAAGCAGCUCCUACUAUUUGGCGCAGUGACCAGGCUGAGGUUGGGACUCAAGAUAUGCAACUUGAAUAUUCUAAUAAGGCCUAUGAUUCCUUCUUUCAACUACGUACAGAGUACCCAUGUCUUUCCUUUGAUGUCUUGCAAGAUAAGGACGCUGGUAAUCGCACGAAAUAUCCACUCUCUCUUACACUUGUCUGUGGUUCACAGGCGGAUGAACUCUCCAAGAACCAGCUCUACGUACUACGUAUUACGAAUAUAUGUCGUACGAAACACGAUGCCGAUAGUGACAGCGACAGUGAUGGAAGUUACAUUGGUGACGAAGGUGAUAGCGAAGACGAUAACGAUCAGGAGGAGGAGGAAGUAAACAACGGUGAACCAAUAAUGGUGCAUCGCACUAUAUCUCAUUAUGGAACGGCGAAUCGUGUUCGUUGUGCCCACCACAAUACAAACUUGGUCGCUGUUUGGUCCGAUGCGGGUCAUGUGCAGGUAUUUGAUUUGGAGAAUGAUGUCUCCAUGCUGUGUGACCACGCUGCUUGGGCGAAGAAACAGGCACGUCAAGGUAUACCGAAAAAACAAUCUGCAAUGCUUUUCUGUACUCCGUCAACAUCCCACAAGACGGAAGGUUACGGUUUGGACUGGAGCACAGUGACUCAGGGUGUCUUUGCCUCUGGUGAUUGCAAUGGAGAUUUAUUCGUGUGGAAACCAUCGGACGAUGGAAGAUGGAAGCCAGUCGCCAGCAGCACAAGCAGUGACCAUGCACCAUCGGUUGAGGAGAUUCAGUGGAGUCCCACACAAGCUGAUGUUCUCAUAGCGACUCGCGUUGGCGGUGUGGUGGAGGUCUGGGAUACACGUGAUAUGCGGAAGAGCAAGAUCAGCUGGCAGGCCGAUCCCACCGAUAUUAACGUUGCAAGUUGGAACCGAGCCCGUCAAGCCUCACAUCUGCUUGUCACUGGCGCUGACAGUGGUGCAGUGGCGGUGUGGGAUCUCCGCAAGAUUGGCGAGAGCACUCCUAUUCAACAGUUGCCUUGGCACAAGGGAAGCAUUACAUCUGUGGAGUUCUCACUACACAAUGAGAGUGUGCUCUCUGUUACCGGUGAUGAUGGACAGUGCACGCUGUGGGAUCUCAGUCUUGAGCGGGAUCCGAGUGAGGAGAAGGAGGUGAUCGGCGAGCUCUUUGGCCGGCAGGACCUCACCGGUAUUCCCGAUCAGCUGAUGUUCCAACACCAGGGACUCGUACACCCAAAGGAGGCACACUGGCAUGCACAGAUUCCUGGAAUGGUGAUCACAACUGACUACGCGGGAUUGCAUCUCUUCCGGCCUAUGAACUGGCGCUCACUCAUGAAGUAA